CUGAGUGCUGAGCCAUCGGGGUCUACUUUCACUGUUCCACUGGUUGCGUCGCGUACUUCGCAGCAUCGUUUCUUGACUGUGUACUCAUGUCGGAUGACCAAGCCCCGGACGGCUUCGCUUCUAGAAUACGUGGACUGGUCACACGCACGAAAGCACUGGCAACUUUUCAGAGAAAGGACAGUUUGGAUGAAGGUGGUCUGCGACUUCUUAUCGCUGAAGAUGGCGACAUUGGGCCUAUAGCAUUGCAUAGCCCAAGUAUAUCGACAGAAGAUUUGGGAAUCACUCAUGACCCCGACAGGAGCCGCACCCACAUCAUCUUAGGUCCUUGUCUGUCUGUUUUUCGACUCGCCCGCAGGCGACUAUGGGUCAUCUGUGGCGUCAUCUGCCUCUUCCUCCUCACAUUAGUAUCCGCCAGUGUCUUCCUCCUGAAGGGAGAUAAAUCGCCUGUAUGGGAUGGUCCCACGGCCAUCCCAGAGUACAAUACAUCUCUCGGCUGUCUGAACGCCUCUUAUGCUUCCGAGUCGACCUUCGAGAUCCCCGUUUCCUCGGAGGGGGCUCACCUCAUCGAGGUCACUGGGUCCAUAGUGGGGACCCUCGUCAUCGCACAAGCAGACGAGAGUGCUACGCAGGUCCAGUACGAGAUGAAGGUGAUGGCCGAUGAGGAGCGUACCUUCAAUGUCAUCAAGCGCGAGGAGCGCCCCAAUGCAAUGAGCCUCCAUACGAUCGGGCUUUCCGCUCCUGAAUCCCAUCCGUGCCAGCGCUUUGACAUCACCGUCCGUGUCCCACCCACUGUGCGUCAUCUCACCGUGAAGACCGAGGGGACGACCCACGUCCUGUUUGGCCGCCAGAGCAGCCUGUCCCUCUCCUCCCUCGACUUGGAUCUACAGAGCACGGCCACAGACAACAUGCUCCUCUCCCACAUGGGCGUCCAGGCUGAUACGAUGACCUUCGCCAUGGGCGGCGGGUGGCUCAUGGGCAAUCUCCUCCUCACCCAGAACAUGUCUCUCCUCCAGUCCGGGCGCUCCGCGAUGCUCGUCGACGUCGUGCCCUCCAACUCGCCGGAUCUCGCGUCGGUCCCCGCAGUCCUCCGCACGGAAUGCGGGCCGGGCCGCUCGCACAUCACCCACCGGUCCAUCUCACGGGCAGCACACAGGCCUAUCGAUAGCGUACAUAGGGCGCAGCACGGCGGACAGCUGGAGAUUGACUACAAGGGCACGGCGUUCGAUGGGUCGGUGAAGGUCACUGCACAGUCGCUUCGCGCAAACGGGAAGCUGUCUGGAACCGUCAAAAAAGGGGAAAGAGCGAGUCACAAGACGUUGUGGGUAGGCGAUGCGGAGGGCACAGACCGAGUGGAAGUGGAAAACCCCAAGGGAUAUGUAUCGCUCAAUUUCUAA